AGGCAUAUAAUAUCUCUAACUAAUAAUGGGCGUUCGAGAUUACGAACCUAAUCGUCACACGGCGAAGGGCCCCACCAAACCGGGAAACCGCGGCGGCCACCGACGACCUGCCGCCACGAGAAAGGUUUGGCGGCCGGCGGUUCCGUCGUGGGAGAAGGAGUUCUGCUUGAAGGCGUCCGCGGGGAUAUACCCCUCGUGGGACAAAUUCGUGGAGGCCAAAAAGUACGUCCACCUCUGCGGCGGCGACGGCGUCAUGCGGUGGGACGACUCGGCGGCCCGAGACUCCUUCCUCCGUUCUAAGGCGUUAUUUUACGCGGCCAAGUUCAACGUCCGCUCCGUCCUCGAAACCCCGUCCCCCGUCAGCAGGGACGAUAUCCUCUACGCGGAGGAAGUCGGUGGCGACGGGGGCGGGGAUUCUAAAGUAACCGACGAUCCCGAGCUCUGGGAGGGGCUGGACUCCGUCACGGACGACGGCGGCGGAGAAGAAGAGGUGGCGGCGAAAGAAAAUACUACUAGUGAGAAUGCGGCGGCGUUAUUAGGAGCGGAGGAAAUAAAGGCAACGGGAUGGGAUAUUGAGGCGGCGGAGGAAUAUGAUUGCAAUAAUCUUACGGGCCUCGUUGUUGGGGGUCGUCAUGGCCAAUAUUUUUGCUGCUGAAUGUAAUUUAACCUCAUAAACCAUCUGAAAUUUGUUUCUAUAUAUAUAUAUUGCCUACCUAAAAUCUACGUUUUUUCAUCAUGAACCAAAGUUUAUUCAAAAUCUACCUAGCUAUAUAUAUACCCUAGCUACUGUAAUAAUGCUCAAGAAUAUAAUGGGUUAAUUGGG